AUGACAACACACAGCGUUCCACUGGAUAGCGCUGCACCUACCGGAGGUAGCGGGAAGGCACCGGAGAUGGGUAUCUCUGGGUCUGAGGACCCUAUGGGCGUUGGUCGGCGGUCCAUUAGCGAGGCGCAAUUGGAUCUUGUUCGUCCGCUAGCGGCAUAUCGAGUCCAGCAUAGAUCGGAUAUUGCCAAGGAUCCGGUCGCGGUUAAUGUCCACGAUGUCCCCAGCUAUUCGUCCUCCAACACCACACUAGAUGAAAAACGCGAUCACGAAGAGAAAGGCGAAAUCUGGGAAGGAUUCGAAAACGACGUUCUACCGGAAAAACAACAAGGAAAGCUGAUUCGCAACCUCCGCUUCCAAAUCAUGUCUCUGUAUCGCAGGCUGUUCGGCAUCGUCUUCGUCGCCAAUAUGGCCUGCUUUAUCUGGUAUUGCGUCACGGACGCCAAUGCUAAGGAUCUGGGUACAGUUGUGGUCGCGAAUCUCUUUGUUGCGAUUCUCAUGCGCCAAGAAUACGUGAUCAACGCCUUCUUCGCAGUCGCUUGUCUUGCCCCCCAGAGUUGGCCACUGUGGAUUCGUCGCAUACUUGCACGAGUAUAUUCUAUUGGUGGCAUUCACUCUGGCGCUGGUGUGAGCGGCACUGUAUGGCUUAUGUUGUUUGUUGGACGAGCCACAAGGGAAGUCAUCGAUAAGCAGCGAACCACCAUUCCGACGUUAGUUCUGUCUUAUGUUAUCCUUGCGCUUUUGCUUGUCAUGGUUGGUUUCGCACAUCCCAAGUUCCGUGUGGCUCAUCAUGACGCAUUUGAAAUGAUUCACCGUUUUGCGGGCUGGACUGCUGUCGCUGUCGUGUGGGCACAGUUUGUGCUGUUGACGAAUGACUAUAAACAAGAUGACGAAUCGUUGGGACACGCUUUGGUCACAUCCGCUCCAUUUUGGCUUGUGGUGAUCUUUACAUGUUCCAUCGUCCUGCCUUGGCUUCGGCUCCGGAAAGUACCUGUGCGGGCUGAGAUCCUAUCGGAUCACUGUGUGCGCCUGUACUUCGACUACGUGGACACCCAACCUGGACACUUCACACGCAUGUCACUCGAUCCUCUAUUUGAAUGGCACUCGUUUGCUACGAUCGCUGAACCGGGAACCAAGGGCUACUCGGCUGUCGUUUCUAGAGCUGGCGACUGGACCAAAAAGCAGAUUGGAAACCCCCCAGACAAGCUGUGGAUUCGGGGCAUCCCCUGCUACGGUGUUGUGCGGGUCACCCCGCUUUUCCGCCGAGUGGUGAUGGUGGCUACUGGCAGUGGCAUCGGCCCCAUCGCGCCUGUUGUCUUCGCGAAGCGCACUGAGAUCCAGCUGCUAUGGACGGCACCAUCGGCUCGCAAGACGUUCGGCAACAAACUCGUGGAUUCCCUUUUGGAGGCGGCGCCUGGUUCGGUUAUUUAUGAAGCUGCUCAGUACGGUGGCGAUUCUUCUCAUUGGAACCCUGGCGACGGUCGAUUUGGUACAUUUUUUGAUCUUAUGAAAGGGUCCCUGUCGGAUCCCCAGUUGCCAGUAGUUUUCAAUCCAAAGGACCAAUUCCUCGGCGUCACGGAUGACUUGGCUCGAGAAGCUUAUACGCGGUUCGGGAACAACAAUUUCAUCAUCCAUUCCCAUUUGAAUACCUUCGGGCAUGGUAUAUACCCUCUAGCCAGCAGGCUCUUCAAUCAUUCUUGCGUACCUAACGCGGUUGCCAAAUAUAUCAUUUCACCUUUUGAGUCUGUGCAAAUGGAAGUUGUUGCCUUGCGUGACAUUGCGGAAGGCGAAGAGAUCACGAUCCCUUACUUGGAUCCUGCAUUACCUCUCCAUACCCGUCAAGAAGCCUUGCGGCUCAAUUAUGGCUUCACAUGCACAUGUCCAUUAUGUUCCUGGGCCGGGCAUCUCGAUCCGGCACCACCACCCGCGCGGGGAUCGGCAGAGUUGGCUAUACUCGAAUCACAGCUUUGUGCGUUAUCGCUGGGCGACGCGGACAGAGCGGCGAAACUACCUAUGGAACGCGAUUUCUUUCGCAGACUACCUGAAACCCUCGUAGUAUUCCUUCACGAAACAUAUUUACCCAGUAUAUCGGAAGUCUUCAGUAAGGCUUCGCAUGAGGGAGAGUACGAACAAGCAUUAUCUGUGGGGCGGACACUGUUGGCACUAUACGCUCUUCUUUAUCCAUCGAACUACCCUCAGAUAGGAAUGCAUGCUCUUGAAUUGGCGAAGACGACUUGGAAUGCAGCCGUAACAAAUUCUGAUACCGCACGGGAGAAUACCGUUGAAGAUGCUGCACGGUUAUUUCUGAGCUUUGCCUCUUGCGUGCUUAGUGUUUGGGGCCCAGAAGGUGAUGCAGGUGGACCUCUUGAAGAGAUACGCAUGCUUGAAAAGCUUCUAAGCAAUUAA